UGAUUGUACAUACUGUCAUUUUAUUUUGUUGGUUUAAUCUGUACAUUCAACAUCUAUUGUAUGUCCUUCAGUCCGGAGAGGGUUUCCUGCCUUUAAAAAGGGGUUUGGGGAGACCGGGUGUAAGGACAGAGGCUCUCCUGGAUGCACAGACUGUAAAGCUCCUUGAGCCAAAUGAGAGAUUUGUGAUAUAAAGAAUAAAAAGUCUCAUAGUGACGGCAGUUUGGCUGCAUUACUGGGCAAUUCUGUGGCUGUGUCUUCUAGAAGGCCUUGUCAAAUGCAGUUUAAAGGAAGACCUGGUCUGAUGGGAGAGACUCCUCUAGCAGAUGCUGGGAAAUCAAACUGCACUUGUUUAGAAUGCUGACAUUUCCUUAUGGACACGCUGCUGGAAAGUUAUGGGAGUGUUUCAUCACAUGUGCACCGGCUAGUAGCUCCUGUGGAGCAGCCGUGUGUCUGUGCUGUGUCGUGAAGAUGCAGUGUGUGUUAACAUGUUGAGCUGGAAGGAAGGAGGCGAUGUGAUGACAUUCAGUGAAUAUGACACCGCAGGCUUUAAACACACACACACACACACACAUCUGGACGCGAAGCUUCAGCUUGUCCUGCAGCAGGACGCGCGGCGCGGCGCGGCACGGCACGGCACGGCGCGGCGCGGCGCGGCGCGGCAGCUCUCUGGGUUAUUCAGCAGCGCCUCUGACAGCAGUCGGCUCAGGCCCCGGGAUCAGCUCUGCGGGCUGAGCUGUCACUCUCUGACAGUGUCUCCAGCGAUGAGGUGCACCGAAAUCAGGUCUGCGCCACUAUGCCACAGGAUGUAACCGGGGGACAGCCGCAGAGCUCCGCAGGAAAGCCCCGGUGUGUGUGGAUUAUUCCAGCCAGCAGUUCGCUUUUUACACUCACGUCCAUGAUCGGGAGGGCGAGCAAACUCGGCAAAGAUGGAAAAACCUGGUGGAAGCAGGAGGCGUCGACUACCCAGCAUCACCUGAAGAACUGGAAGGUGAUGCUGUGGGUGGUGGCAUCAUUGCUGACAAUGGUGGAAGAUGUAUUUUCUGAGGACGACAAUAAAGAGCCUCAACCAGACCUUCAGCGUGUCCUCAGGCAGCCCUGGUCUCCUGUAGAGGAUCUGGAACAGGACAGCAGCGUCCACACACCCUGGCCUGACGCCGUUGAAGAGCCGACAGAAUUCCAGCAAAGCAGAUGGCAGCGUGCACCUCGUUACCCAAACUCGCCCAGAAUAUCAAGGAGGAACCGCAAGAAGACCAAAAGCAGUCGCGACUGCCACUUGGAGAAGAAAGAGAUGCGGGUGCAGGAUCUCGGUCUUGGCUAUGACUCGGACGAGAUAGUCCUCUUUAAGUACUGUGUUGGCACAUGCCACAGCUCCCGCAAGAACUAUGACCUGGCCCUCAAGGCUCUGAUGGACAACAGGAGCAUCUCCGGCACGAAGGUCAGCAGUCACCCGUGCUGUCGCCCUACCCGCUAUGAGACCGUAUCCUUCAUGGACACAAAGACUACCUGGCAGACAAUUAAGUGGCUCUCGGCAGCCAACUGCAGCUGUGUCGGCUGAUUGUAAAGAAGAGUGUCUACCUGCAAUACAAAAAAACACAAAAAAGCUCUUGUGUGAAAGAGCAGGAUGCCAUGAGUCCUGGUCUCUAUGGUGGGUGACUUUACCCUGGUUCAUGUGAUCUGAGGUGUGGUCCUGGGAUGGGAGACAGUGCAGUGUCCACAGCCUUCCCUCCACUAAUAGCUUGGCUGUUGUUAAUGGAGGUUCAGAUACCUUCAGAUAGAGCCUGAUGGAGCCUGGCAUCAGCUGGAUAUGUUUGCUACCAGCCUGGGGCAGUAGAAGGUUUGUUUAAAUGCCACCAGCAAUAAGCACAGAGGAGUAAACUAUCAAUAUUGGAUUAUAUUUUGUGUCCGUCAUUCAGCCCUUUUGGGUAAUGCAACACCCACUGGCAGCAAUGUUGGAGGUCUUUAGCUCCUUGGCAAAAGAAGCUCUAAAUAGCUGAUUACAUUUCUAAGUGUGAAGCUUGGCUAUCGCUCCAGAAUUCAGUAUGGUUAGGUUAAUUGAAAACUUCUGUGUUAUUUUUGACUGGGAGCUGUUGAUUUCACCAGUAAUCUGUUUUCUGAAAAUCAUAGUACCUUAUCAGCUAUCUAGCUAAUACAUUUGCUAGUCCUCAAAUAGAAGGUUGCAUUAGAAGGCUAACUGCAUGCAGACAAUUGUGGCAGAAACAUACAGACUCCAAUUCAAUUUUAUUUAUAUAGCACCAAUUCAUAACAGAAGUUAUCUCAUUGCGCUUUUCCUAUAGAGCAGGUCUAGACCGUACUCUUUAUAAUAUUCUCCAGCAGGUAUUAAGGGUAAAUUCUUUCUUUAUUUGUGUUCACAAAUUAUUAAUUUGUGCCAAAUAAUUAAUAGACUGGAAACAUUAUUAUUCAUUAUUCCGUGACCUUAAGGGGUGUCAAAGAUAACACAACCUUAAGCCUAAAAGCCAAAACCUAAAGGCUAUCCACUUAUCUCAUUCCAAAAUCAAAAUAAAACUGUAUUAAAGUGGUCAUAUUAUGCUCAUUGUCAGAUUCAUAAUUUUAUUUUGGGGUUGUACCAGAAUAGGUUUAUAUGGUUUAAUUUUCAAAAAACACUGUAUUUUUCUCAUACUGCACAUUGCUGCAGCACUUCUUUUCACCCUGUGUCUUGAACACUCUGUUUUAGCUAUCGAGUCAGGCAUCUCACUUCUAUUCGAUCUUUGUUGGGAGUUGCACAUGCGCAGUACUGAGGUAAGGACUACUAACCAAUCAGAAGCAGAGUAGGGCAGGUCCUGACGAGCAAGGUAUUGUGAUCCAAAACAAAGCCGCUUCAGCUGGUUACUAUGGCUUUGGUUCAGCAGUGCAUGUUCGAGCCUGGUACCGGAACACAGGCAGCCAGCUUCACAACUUAGACUGGAGCAUGAUGUUUCAGAGUGGUAAAUGAUUAAUUUGUAACUAAUUUAUCUUUCAUAGGUAAUGUUUUAACUGUGCACUCUACAUCAUAGUAACAACUUUAUGCCCAUUGACUGCCUGUAGGGUAUCUAACGUCAUUUUAAUUUCAUAUUAAGGUGUCCUUGUGGACAUACAUAGUGACAUAGGUACGUUAAGUAAAGACUGGAGUACAAUCAAGCUGUUUUCAGGCAUUUCAGGAACAGUGUUUUCUGUGGGAGAGGGUAACUCACUUUGGGGUGGACUUUGGGCUUUUUCACUUUGCAAACCUAUUUACAUGCACAAAAAAUACAACACAAUAAAGGAAAGGGAAAAAGCUAAAAAGCAUGACAUGACCACUUUAAAGCCAGGAAGCCCAUUCAGAUUGUUUAUGACCUAACAGCUUUUACUGUUCACCAUUCAAUAGUAUCAAUUCAGCAACUUUGGCAUUCCAGGGACCAAAAUACAAACUUGAUGAAACAAAUUACUUAUUUGAUGGUACAAAUUACUAAUUUGUACACACAAAUUAUUAAUUAAAUUCGUGCUCACAAAUUUCAAAACGUUUACCCUUUAUAUAUUUCAAAUUCUAUAGAGAAAAACUUAAAGUCAAAGUACAGCAAUAUUGAUUUUCAUUUGAAUUAAUAACACACUUGGCACGCAACAUAUUCUGGCAAAGCUAAGCCCUUUUAUUUGAACUGCUGCUUGUGGCUAAAUAUAUAAUAUAUUAAAUUAAAUAAAAUUUAUAUUAAAAUAAAUUUAAAGUUGAAGACGGUUGAUGGUUUUGCAUAUGGUUUGAAUUGUGAUCCGCUUCAAAUGUUUGCAUGCAAGCCAAAAACUCAAUAAUUUGUUCAGGUCACAGUAAUCACUGUAUCUAAAAACACAAGUCUACCAUAUCAGACUAUUCACUUUUAGUUUGAACAUUACUGACUUACUAUACAUCCACACUACAGCAUUGUUUAAAUAUUUCUCUUUUUCUUGCUUGGUUGUUUAAUAGCCUAUAAUACUUAUCCAUUAUUUGCCAAAAGUUAUCCAGUAAACCUCCAUGAUGGAGUCAACUGUGAUUUCUGGAUAUUUUUGAAUCACCUGCAAAGCCUCUAUCAAAACUAAGUCAAGACAGCAUGAUAUUAACAGCCUCAAAUCAACCAAAAACUCAGCCAGUUUAAAGACCAAAUACUAUGAUGUGAAGACAUGCUAUUAAGAACUUCGAAGUUUAUAGAAGUUUUAUCUUUUAUUUUUUGUAAAUACAAUGGUCUUCAUAAGACCAAAAUUUUCUUUCACUAUGUGAUACAACUCUACCUUUCCUUCCAGGGCAGCUGGAUAACAUACUUUCUGGUCAAGGAAAACUCAUUAUGAAAGCAAUUGUUAUCAGUCUUCCAAUGUCCUAAACAGUCUCUCUCUCUCUCUCUCUCUCUCUCUCUCUCUCUCUCUCACACACACACACACACACACACACACACACACAAAAGUAUGCUUUGUUUAUUUUAGUAGAUGACAUGUCUAAUGCUUUACAUGACCCUAGUGGCUUUCUAAAUUCAGCAAAGCAGAUCAGAUCACAACAUACUUCUUGCCAACCUAUGCUAAUUGUAAAUGCCACAGUGGCUCUGCAGUACUUGUUUCAGCAGAGCUUGUUUACAUCUUACAUCUGAGUGACAGCUUUCACCACAUGGUCUAUUUUCAGAUCAGGUGUGAUGUGAUACCACUCACAAGCACCUGACCUGUCGUUUAAACAAAACAAGUGUAAAAAUCAUUUUUGGUGACAUCUACUACAGAUUAGUUGCUGAAACAGGUUUGCAAAGAAGCCAUUUAGACUGUGACAUUUAUUACUACUAACAUAACUUCACACAAUGUGAAAUGCAACAUGAAUUGAUAAUGCCUGUAAAUAAGAUAAUGUGCUAUAAAUUCAAUUAUGUUUUAAAUUGGAAUAAAGACUGCUAUACCAGAUAUUGCUAGAUGAUUUAGCUAAACCCCAGAUAACCUUCAAUGACAACUGAUUUUAAUGUCCAAUGCCACCAUUUUUGAUUUGUUUUAUACAAUAUCUGCACAUGGUAACCACAGUAUGGUUAAGGUUAGGGAGAGAUCAUGGUUAUGACAAGUAAACUAUACCUAAGCUACGAUGAAGGUUAAUAAAAACUGAUAAUACAUCAAAUUGCCUAUAAUUUUUCGCAUUUUUACAUUCUGAAUUUCCUUAGCAAUGUAUGUAACAACUUAACAUACAGUAUACUGCAACUAUAAGCCAAAACAAAUGAAUAAGUAUUUUUCAAGUGCAAAAAACAGGACAUCAUCCCUCACUGGCUUCCCACCAACAGUGUCAGUUGUGUUGCUUGCCAGGUCUCUGCAGUCAUGGGCCACAUGAAUAUUACCACGGUUUUAGGUGUGCAGACCCAUGUUUGUCCUUGCUGCACACACAGUUGAAGUGUCUAUCAAAAAUGUAUCCAUGAAACAAGUGAACUGCACUUAUUUUAGCUUAUUAUUACAAUAAAUAUUAUUACAUUUUUCAUAAACAAAUGACCACUGGAAUUAUAAUUUAAUAACAAUUACAAAAUGUAUUUAGUUAUUACAUUAUACACAAAAAGUUAUUAUGUUAUGUGCUGAACAAUUUUAUUACAUUAUAUGCAGAUUAUUACAUUUUUUAUUUCAGUAUCUGCAGUUAUUACAUUGUGGGCAGUUAUGACAUUAUCAGUUUAAUGGCACACUGCUUCUUGCAUUGGCACUAAACAUUGGCUCUGGAUGUAAAUAGUAUACUGCAGUUUCAUAGGGGAUACACAUAGUGAUAACAUUUUUAAAGCAAUCUUUGCAACACUAUAUCAGUACAUUUGUUGCGAGCUUUGUUUCACUUUGUUCCACCCCUCUGUACUGCACAUAUUUACGAGCCUUUCAGAAACCUGAGUGGACCGCAUGUGGGUCAACACGAGAAGCAGUUUCAGUUUCCAGUCCUUCCACAUUUGACCAAUAAAAAAAGAUUUGGACCCUAAACAUUCAAAAGUUUACAAUGGAGCAUAUGGUGGAGUAUAUAUUUUGUACAUGCAAGCGCUCUAAGAGAGUAUUCAUUCAAGCUUUUUGUGUCCGCCUGCAUUGAAAACUAGUCUAGAAAUGUCCAAGUGAAGCAUUGGCGUGUUUUGUACUUCAUGUCUUAGCAAUAUGUAUCUCUGAAGAGUGUUUCUGCAGAUAACACUGGGAUAACAAAGCACUUAUACAUUUUUAUUACUACAAUUGGUUCUGCCUCACACUAUUCAGUUCACUGAAAGACUUCCAACUUUUGCUGUUUUUUGGUAUUGAGGAUCAUCUGAAGAAUGCUUACAGCCAAGCUCGCACAGGAUCUCACAUUUGCUUUCAAUUACACGUCAUGUUUUUAUGAUAGCAAAUAGAGGUUCUAUUGUUUAGAAGCAAAAUAGAAACUCUCAAGAGAAUUUGCCAACAACAUUAUCAUAAAUAUAGGUCCAAACACAAUCCUAUUGGACCAGCUCAUUGUAUUAGCCUUAGGACUGUGAUCAAUCCCUCAAAUUAAACAAAAAACCCUACUCUUUAGGUAGAGUACAUUCAUAACUAAUUUUACUUACAGAGUUUUAGUAAUACAAAUUUAAACCAACCGUUGGUUGCGAGCUGGCAAGAUACAUCUUAUAAAUGAGACAGGCAGCUUUGGACUGGAGGGUGAAUAGUUUCACCUUUAACAGAGCUAGGCUAACUGUUUCCCUGCUAAGGUUAGAUAAACACAGACAAUUGGUGCUUCCAUCUUAGUCCCUUCCACGUAAGACGUGAGGAAGAAAUGCAAGGAAAAGAUAAGAGGAGAGAGGAAUUGAAAAAAGACUUCCAUGAAGGACGGUCUCUUGUAUCCUCCCUCGAGCCUCUUCAGGGCAGCCCCCUCGAUCUUCCGAACAGAAAAAAACAGAUUGAUUUACGGCUCACCCGUGGACAGAGGAGUGAGGGACACAUGAAAUGAGGGAAAUAAGAAGCACCCUUUGUAGAAAUGAAAUUGCUAUCAAUUUCCUCAUCUGACUGUGGAUAAGACAAUGCACAAGCAUAUUUCUCAAAAUGGUCCCGUUCAGAGCUGAAGUGUCCCUAACCCAAACAGAAAAGUGAUAUGUAGAGAGAUUACUUUAUUAUAGAUAUACUGUACUGAAGAAGUAUAGUCAUGUAGUUGUAAUAAACAAGUUCAUAUAGCUUUACUGUGCUGUCAGCUUGUGUACAUACAGUAGCUGAAUGUGGUACAAUGCAGUAUAUCACUAGCAACAUCCUUUCUGAGACCUUCUGUCGCUAUUUAAGUCACAACUUCUCUGUACCUAACUUCUCUGUUAGAUGCUUUGCAUCAUGUUGCCUUACUGUACAUGAGUAGUUACUGUUUAAAUUAUUUAAUUUAUUCUUUAUUUGCAUUAAACCUAUUCUGAGGAUACUUAUUAUUAAUUAAGUAGCCAUGUAUAUUUAUGUUUAUUCAGUCAGGAAGAAAGUGACACUUUACCUGAAGCAUAUUUUGAGGCUAUAAUAAUGUAGCUUUAAUACCACUUAAUAAAGACAGUACCAAAAAUAUGUAGCAGAGGCCUAAAUACAAAUUGGUACAAAAUGAAGCAGAGGGAUGACACUCAACUCGGCUAUCAGAAAUAAUCUAAUAAUACUAAAUAACUGAAUUUAACUCGCAUUAAAAUCACCUCGGGGCAACCCCCUUAGAAAAGACUUGACUCGUAAACAGAGACUGUAACAUUUCAUACACACAACCCAAUCAAGUUCUUUAUACAUGAAAAAAGUAUUCAACUACUCACUACACAGACAACUAAUGACUACUAAACUUGACUACAAAUGGAUGAAUAAAUACAAUGAUGAGUGAAUGCAGUGAACACAACGACAGACAAUUAAUAAAUGAAUCAGUGAAGCAAUGAAUACCAAAAAUAAAGCACUGAAUGAUACCUUGGCAAGAUGGCUUGAUUUGUGCAAACAAAGGAGACCACAACGUGGAUGAAAACUUUAACGUUAACCAGUGAAAUUAACUUGCACCGUACAGCAGCUGAGAUUGUUGGGAAGUAAAAGGGGAAUAUCUGAAAAGAUUCAAAUCAUUUCUACAGUAUAUUGAUGUGGGACUUUACUUCAUUCCCUUAACAUUCCCUAACUGCCCUACCAGUGUAGCAUCAACCCCGGGAGAAAAGCACAAAAAAAGUAAAGUUUCACCUGGUGUUCAGACGGCCAGGGGAACGUUGCACUGGAGGGAGGAGGAGAAGCGGGGGGCGGAUCUUUGUCGAACUCUUUGGUUUCUCGGGUGCGAUCGGUCCCACGGACGGCUGAGCUUGGCUGUCAUCUUUUGCCUUUUUCACACAUAGUUCCCAGUAAAUUACUGGGAUAACCUUUCACUAUUCACACAUGCAGCUUCAUUCAGGAACAUUUCAGUCUGACACCUUUUCACACAUGGCAAUGCUGGAAUAGAUGGGGCAAGUAACAGUCCAGCAGAUGGUGGUAAUGCAACACUUAUGGAUGCCAACGCCAUGUAUAUAGCAAAAUCAAGAAAGAUUAUGGAGUCUGGUGUGUGUCACCAGAAUAAUAAUUUGACUUGUACAGUGUUAAAUCCUAAUCAUUUAAUACAUUUAAACAUUUUACUCACCCCGCCAACACAUAACAACUGGCCAAUCAGAGCUCUUGCUGCGGCUCUGUGGGCUGCUUAUACAUCUUUAAAUUAAAGCAAUCACAAAAUAAAUUCGUAAAUGUUAAAGCAGGAAACAAAUGAAUUGUGAGACAAAGUAUGACAGACACAUGAGGAAAUGGAAUGACAAAAUGUAAAAUGUAAAAACCUUUUAAAAAUGGAUUUUGCUAUUCUAUUUUCAAAUGUUAUUACUAACUUGUCAUUUAAAGGUAUAAUAUGUAACAUUUGUACAUUAAAAUGUCUAAAAACGACUAGACCCAUGUUAUAUAUUUUGUUGAGUUGUGUACUUACAUUAUCCCAAAUGUUUCCAACAAUGUUCAAAGCCAAAGAAAUCCAUAAUUUUAUUCAAGGUAACGGUGCAUUUCAUUUGGUAACCUGUCAAUGGCGUCACAUCCCCUUUACCCCCUCUAGUUGCUACAACUUGUGGGGAAACAGGAAUACGUCUGGAAGUGGGGAAGGAAGUUGGCGAACGUGGCUAAAUGUAACAUGAAUAAAACUUUAAUACACGACCGCGUCCAUAAACAUGAUUUCUGCCUGAGUCACGUCAGCCAGGGGUGGAAAGUAUAUGUCCAAUUUACUGAUUUACUAACAAUUACUGAUUUUCAAAAAGGUACACAUACACAAAACACUUCAGUAAUAGUAACAAGGAGAAACAUAGCCCAUUAAUUCCAUCCGUGGUUAAAAGUCACUAGUUUACACUCUAAAGGUAAGAGCUGACCCAUAUUUUAAUUUCACUACAUCAAUUACAACAAUUUAGUAUAGGCCUAAAACGUGCUUAUGAUGCCUUAUAAUCUGCCCUGAGCAAGGCUUCAAAUACAGUGUCACUGAGCAGGGCUCUACCUACAUGGCAUGACUACAGCUGGGUCUGGAUGAGUGUGAAAGACUAGAUUAAACUGUGACCCAGGAAACACAGUGAGUAGUGAGUUGUGCCUGUGUCUGGCGCCCCUGCUACCAGAGAAACCAGGGCUACUACACUGCUCUAACCUGUAUGAUAUGUCACAACCCAUUAUGUAAGACAAGCCUGACAGGUCAUCACCUGCAGUUUGCAGUUAAAAACUUCAUAUAAAAAACCUCAUAUAAGAAAUGUUUAUAGUCUUCAUUUAUGUCGUGGUACUGUAUUGGUACUGUUUUGUCUGUCUCCCCUACUUAAUUCUUUGUAUACAAAGCAUUGUACUGGUUAUGAUGACUCAAAAUGUAUUACUUAAGGUACAUUGUACAUUACAGGCAUCUUAAAAUUUUAUAUUGUAUAAAGCUUAUAAUAAACAACAAAACUCCUUCACAUUAGUGUUCUCCUCCUCUCCUCUAAUCUCAGUGUGUCACAUGACUGCUAGAAAUGACUUGUAGUAAGCACUUUAUGAGCUCAGCUUGUCUGACAUCCUCAGUAACAUGACAAGAUGGUGAUGAUGGACCUGCAGCUGAUCCACUCUCUGUGGCUGUUUCUCAAGCUGAAGCCAAUGCUGCUUCAUUUAUCAACAGGCUAUUAUAAUAUUAGCUAGCUAGCCACAUCACAUACCAAUAUUAAACCAUUCUGAAAUGCUGUUAGCAAUUUGUGUUCACUCACAUUUCUUUUGAAAUAAUUUUGUCGACAACUGCUUUCUAAUAAUUGUCUUUUUCGCUUCUGUCUUGCGUUUUUCUUUUGGUAGCCUAAUUCAACUUUUUUUAAAUGACAUGAUCAAAGUUCACCUGAAGCCCUGAGCAUCCGCAUCAGCACAAUCCCCAAGACUUUCUUGAUUCAUUUAUAAGACAUUUCAAAACCUAAGUCUUGAUUUUGUGCCCACCUAAGCCUCAUAGAUACAUACACGUAGAUACUGCAUUGGUCGCUGCUGUUCAUUGUUCAAAUGUGGCCGCCAUAUUGGUGGGGAAGUCACGCCUAAUGCAUGUAAGUCUAUCAAGGCCACAAUUAAAAUCAUCAACUUCCUAAUCAACUCGCUGACUUUUCAACCAAUUCAAGCUGUUUGGUUUGUUACAAAUGCCAGAGAUGGAUUUAUGAUACUAGAACUGUCCAGAACCCCGCCGCAAGAUGGUGGUGGCAGAGACGCAUCUCACAAGCUGGAUGCGGACUACGUGUGAUCGUGGUUGACUACCACCAUCUUGUCUGCAGGUCCUUCUCGGUGGUGCAAUAACUGCGUUUGGAGCAUGGAUGUAUUAAGAGAUACAGUGCUGCUACUCUGCCUCGCCGCUAAUUGUUCCCAGUGGCCACUUGUGGUAUUGCAACCAAAAAUCUUCUGCGGCCCAAAAAGCAUUUUCCCCAUAGACCACCAUUAUAAAAGAAAUGUCUUUAAAACUGUUGACAGGACACCUGAAACUGCAAAGAAGAUCAUUUAUUACUCUUUCUAUUGUGAAUUUUUAAUCCAUGGAGGUUAUAUAUUUGUAAAACUUUACAAGGGCCUAGAAAAGUAUGUGUGACGUCAUCCCAAUGUAAAGUCUAUGGGCCGAGCCUUGCAGCAAACCUGGCAGCCAAAAACGUUUUUGGCUUAUUCGCUUGGCGAGCAAUUUUCAUUCAAGUGAAUCUUUGGAGUCUUUUAUCCAGUUCUUAUAAUACAUCCAUGGUUUGGAGACAUGGUUGGUGUCCCCCCUACUGCCAGAGUGGACUGAACCAUGUGGUCUUUCACAGGAGCAUGCACUUUCCACAACUGAAAAGUGUCCUCACUUUCUCUUUCCAGUUCAGUUUGAUAUAAUGCAUUAGAGAAAAUAAAAAGCAAUAACAUUAAACAAAUGAGACAAGUUGGAAGUAAAAUGGUGUGCUCGCAUUAAUAAAAGCUUGAUUUAAAAAGA